UAGAAGUUGCAUCUUUUUCAUUUGCUGUUUUUUUUUAAAGAAAAAAAAAUCGCGAUGCAUAGGGUUUGAAUCCAGCAGUCCAAAUAAAGUUUUUAUCGGUGAAGAGCUUCCCAGAAUAGAACAGAAUGGGUGUCGGCAAGGUGGUGUCUUGGGUGGUUGUGUUUCUGGGGAUUUUAUGUGCAGAAUCAAGGUACAUGAUCUACAAUACUUCCCAGACCAUCGUUCCUGGAAAACUCAAUGUCCAUUUGGUUCCUCACACCCACGACGAUGUCGGUUGGCUCAAGACCGUUGACCAGUACUAUGUUGGCUCCAACAACUCUAUCCAGAUUGCUUGUGUGCAAAACGUGUUGGAUUCAAUUGUGCCUGCUCUUCUGGCUGAUAAGAAUCGGAGAUUCAUUUAUGUUGAACAGGCCUUUUUUCAGCGAUGGUGGAGAGAACAAAGCGAGGCAACCAAGCACGUUGUCAAGGAACUUGUCCACUCGGGCCAGCUGGAGCUCAUAAAUGGUGGCAUGUGCAUGCAUGAUGAAGCAGCACCGCAUUACAUCGACAUGAUUGAUCAGACAACUCUUGGCCAUCGGUUCAUUAGCAGGGAGUUUAACGUGACUCCCAGAAUCGGUUGGCAGAUUGAUCCUUUUGGACAUUCUGCGGUGCAGGCUUACUUGCUCGGGGCAGAAGUUGGAUUUGAUUCUGUCUAUUUUGGUCGGAUAGAUUACCAAGAUAGGGAUAAGCGUAAAAAGGAGAAGAGUCUUGAAGUCAUCUGGCGCGGUUCUAAGAGUCUUGGCUCUUCUGCGCAGAUUUUUGCCGGUGCUUUCCCUGCAAAUUAUGAACCUCCUCCUGGUGGUUUUUACUUUGAAAUCAAUGAUGAUUCUCCUAUCUUCCAAGAUGACCCCGACCUGUUUGAUUACAAUGUCCAAGAGAGAGUUAAUGCCUUUGUGUCUGCAGCUCUGGAUCAGGCUAACAUUACUAGAACAAAUCACAUAAUGUUUACCAUGGGAACGGAUUUCAAGUACCAGUAUGCACACACUUGGUUUCGGCAAAUGGACAAGUUUAUCCAUUAUGUGAACAUCGAUGGACGUGUCAAUGUUCUCUACUCUACGCCCUCCAUAUAUACGGAUGCAAAACAUGCUGCGAAUGAGGCUUGGCCCCUAAAGACAGAGGAUUACUUCCCUUAUGCAGACCGUGUGGAUGCUUACUGGACUGGAUACUUUACAAGUAGACCAGCACUUAAGCGUCAUGUCAGAGCGAUGAGUGCCUACUAUUUGGCAGCCAGGCAACUUGAGUUUUUCAAAGGGAGAAGCAAGGAGGGCCCAACGACAGAUGCAUUGGCAGAUGCCUUAGCAAUUGCUCAACAUCAUGAUGCUGUUUCUGGUACAUCAAAGCAACAUGUGGCAGAUGACUAUGUGAAACGACUAGCAAUAGGCUAUGCAGAGGCUGAGAAUGUAGUUGCCACUUCUCUUGCUCACUUGACUAAAUCAAGCUCUGCCAAAAUUCCAACCUUCAAACAGUGUUUACUCUUGAACAUAAGUUACUGUCCUGCAUCCGAAGUAAACCUAUCCAAUGGGAAAAGCUUGAUUGCCUUGGCUUACAAUCCUCUUGGAUGGAAGAGAGUGGACAUUGUUCGGAUUCCCGUUAUCACUGGAGAUAUCACAGUCCAUGACUCUGAGGGAAAAGAAGUUGAGUCGCAGCUCAUUCCCUUUUCCAGUGAAUAUGUGGCCUUAAGAAACUAUCAUGUGGAGGCAUACUUGGGUCAAAAACCUUCUGAGGUGCCAAAGUAUUGGCUUGUGUUUUCAGUCUCUGUUCCUCCUCUUGGCUUCAACACUUACACUAUCUCGGCUGCCAAGAAUACAGGUGGCCGUUCUAGCAAAUCACAUGUAUCCGGUUUCCUAAGAGGCAAACAAUCGAAAGUUGAUAUUGGUCAUGGGAAUCUGACGCUCAGCUUUUCCACAGAUCACGGAACAAUUAUCAACUAUUACAACAGCAGAAGCUUGAUGACAGAAUCACUCAAGCAGACAUUCAUCUAUUAUUCUGCUUACAAUGGAACAAACGACAAAGAACCCCAGAACUCGGGAGCAUAUGUUUUUCGUCCAAAUGGCACGUUCCCCAUCAACCCUGGAGGAAAGGUUCCGUUGACUGCCCUACGUGGGCCACUGGUCGAUGAAGUUCAUCAGCAGAUAAAUCCAUGGAUAUCCCAGAUCUCAAGGGUUUACAAAGGCAAGGAGCAUGUGGAAGUCGAAUUUAUUCUAGGGCCAAUACCAAUUGAAGAUGGAAUCGGCAAAGAAGUCGUUACCCAGAUCUCUAGCUCCCUGAAAAGCAACAAAACUUUCUUCACAGAUUCCAGUGGACGUGAUUUUAUCAAAAGGAUCCGUGAUUACAGGUCAGACUGGGAACUAGAAGUAAACCAACCCGUUGCAGGAAAUUAUUACCCGAUAAAUCUCGGAAUUUACCUGCAAGAUACUACGAAAGAAUUCUCAGUCAUGGUGGACAGAGCCUUGGGAGGAUCUAGCAUAGUGGAUGGACAAGUUGAGCUCAUGCUUCAUAGGAGACUGCUCCUCGACGACUCCAGAGGCGUAGCCGAAAAUUUAAAUGAAACAGUGUGUGUUCACAACAAGUGUACUGGACUAACAAUACAAGGAAAAUAUUACUACAGAAUAGAUCGGUAUGGAGAAGGUGCAAAAUGGCGACGUUCUUUCGGGCAAGAGAUUUAUUCACCACUCGUCUUGGCCUUUACUGAGCAGGAAGAAGACAACCGGAUGAGUUUUGAUACGCCGACAUUUUCAGGGAUUGAUUCAUCCUACAGCUUGCCUGACAAUGUCGCAAUAAUAACUCUGCAGGAACUUGACGAUGGAAAGGUCCUCCUCCGUCUAGCUCACCUUUAUGAGGUGAAAGAGGACAAGGAUAUGUCGAUCAUGGAGACAGUGGAGCUGAAGAAGCUCUUCCCAUGGAGAAAGAUUGGGAAAGUGACAGAGACGAAUCUCUCAGCAAACCAAGAGAGGAGCGUGAUGGAGAAGAAGAGGCUUGUGUGGAAAGUAGAAGGGGAAGUAGAAGGAGAAGAAUCCAACGCGAUGAGAGGGCGACCAGUGGACCCAUCGAAGCUUGAAAUAGAGCUUUACCCAAUGGAGACGAGGACUUUCUUGAUCGACUUGGAUCACUCUGAAAGUGAGAGAUUCGAUGUGUGAGGCAGAGAUGUACUACUGGUAUAUGGUAAUGUCGUCUCCUGUCUGUAAGAGAAAAAUAGCUGAUGCAACGCUUUGGGUUGGUGGAGUGUCUUUGGGUUAGUGUAUUUAUAAUCAGUGGACCUUCAAGACUGUGUCAAAUAAAGUGAGAGAGAAGUCUU